AUGUCUUUUCUACCUCAACGCUGCGCCCGGCAGCUUCUUCGAGAGCCAUUCCAGCGCGGCUCAUUACCUCUCUUCCUUACCCCCGCUUUCUCUCCGUCGCGCGCGCAAUGCUUCUCGACCACCAACCCAGCGCAAUCCCGAAUCGGAGGCGCCGCCAUCUCCGUUCCCCCAGAGGUGUCAUUCACCCUUGUUGACCUGCCUAAGAGCCAGAACCGUGGUCAUGGAAAGGAUGUUCCCACCCAUGCCGCGCAGAUCAAGGGACCGAGGGGCGAGAUGAUCCUCAACAUCCCCUCCUUCAUGACUGUCAACCACGACCAGGCGACCUUGAAGGCCACUCUCUCUAUCGAGGAUAGAGAAGUCCCGCACCAGCGUGCUAUGUGGGGCACCACCCGCGCACUCCUUCAGAACCACAUCACCGGUGUCUCAGAAGGCCACAUUUGUGUCCUGAGUCUUGUCGGUGUCGGUUACAGGGCUACCAUCGAACCCAAGGCCGCCACCGUCACCGCGACUUACCCCGGACAACAGUUCGUUUCGCUGAAGGUCGGCUUCUCCCACCCCAUUGAAUUGGGUAUUCCCGAGGGUGUUCAGGCCAGCACACCCCAGCCUACCCGUAUCCUUCUGGAGAGCGUCGAUAAGCGCAAGGUGACACAGUUUGCGGCUGAGAUUCGUGAGUGGAGACGACCCGAGCCGUACAAGGGCAAGGGUAUCUUCGUCAACGGGGAGACCAUCAAGCUCAAGGCGAAGAAGAUCAAAUAG